CAGCGGAAAACCUGCGAGCACACUGUACCGUAAAUGCGUAUUUCCUUCACCGUGGUUAUUAUUUUUUUUUAACUAUCCACAAACACAGCAUCAUACACACUCAGCGCCCACACAGCGCAAAACGUAACGACGAUUUUCCGCCUCUGUUUUGGCCAGCGCGAGACCCUUGAGUGGCGUCGCGGCCGCGUGUUUCCGUGCACUUUACGCAUCGUUUUCCAUUCUGUGUGCGGGGAAAUGGGCCGCCGCGAUCCGUAGUAGUCGUGAAACGUGCGAGAAGCAGCGGAGGGGCGGCUAACGGGGAGGGAGAAGAAGAAGGCAAAGGCGAGAAGUGCUAAAAGUGUUUGGGGUUAUGUGCAAGAUUCCCCUCGGAGGGACUUUCAGCUGGUGGAAUCGGGAAGGCAAAAUCGGAGACGUAGACGUAAUCACAGACUCAACUCGCUAAUUGCGCGAAAGCCACUCCAACGCCAACGCCAGCAGCGGCAGCAAGUGCAUUUGCAGCUGCAGCUGCGGCAGUGAACGGCACGGCCCGUACCAGGAACCAGAAGUAAAAGGAGAAAGACAAACACAAAACAGCAAACGUGAAGAGCGCCGCCGGGAAAAUGCUGGAGUCCCAUUACAACGCCAUGCUCAGUACUGUGGCCUCUGCCUCGGGCGCCGUCGCCUCCGUCUCUGCCUCUGCCUCUGCUGCCGCCUCAGCCUCUGCUGCAGCCGCCGCCUCCGCUGGCGACGACAACAAUAGCCACAGCAAAUCGAGCAGCAGCAGUAACGGCAGCUCCGUGGAAAUUAUUGGCAGCCAGGAGGUGUCCAUUGUCAGUCAGAUGGCCAUGCCCAUAUCACGCGGCCAGGAGGCACCGCCCAGUGGCCAGGAGACACCUCUAAGCGACGAGGAGGUAAACUAUCCGUGGAAAAUACAGAUUUUCUGUAGUGAACUGCUGCGCGACGACCAGUGCCCCCUGUCCCUGACGGCCAAGCGUCACAAGGAGAUUAUCCAGUCCAUGCAGUACGAGCGGCAGCCCUGGCGCAUCCGGGAGCGCAUGAAAACGGCCAGCGUUGCUCUGGUGCUUUGCCUGAACAUUGGUGUCGACCCACCGGAUGUGGUAAAAAUCCAGCCGUGCUCGCGUCUCGAGUGCUGGAUAGAUCCCAGCUCAGUGUCGCCGCCCAAGGCCAUGGAGCAGAUUGGGAACAACCUGCAAAUGCAGUACGAGAGAUGGCAGCCGCGGGCACGCUACAAAAAGUGUCAUGAUCCCACCGUCGACGAUGUGAAGAAGCUGUGCACCUCGUUACGCCGCAAUGCCAAGGGCGAACGCAUCCUGUUCCACUACAACGGCCAUGGGGUGCCCAAGCCGACGGCCAAUGGAGAGAUUUGGGUGUUCAACAAGACCUUUACCCAGUACAUACCGCUGAGCAUCUUCGAGCUAAUCACCUGGAUGUCCGCGCCCUCGAUUUACGUAUACGACUGUUCCAAUGCCGGGAUCAUCAUCAACUCAUUCCAGCCAUAUGCGGAGCAGCACGAACACGAACUGGAGAAGGCCCUGGCCGCCGCCCUGCAGCGCAGUGGAGUGCAGCAGCUAGCGCCGGGAUUAGUGGCCGGUGCCGCCAACCAGGUUCAGCUGCCCAAUCAGCUGGUCAGCUACAAGAAUUGCAUUCACCUGGCCGCCUGUGCGGCCAAUGAGAUUCUGCCUAUGAACGCCCAGCUGCCGGCCGACCUAUUCACCAGCUGCCUGACCACACCCAUUAACAUAGCCCUCAAGUGGUAUGCAAUGCAAGAGAAGCUGGGCAUGGUGCCGCGCAUCCAGAGCGAGCUGAUCGACAAGAUACCAGGAAAGGUCAACGAUCGUCGCACCAUGAUGGGAGAACUCAACUGGAUCUUCACCGCCAUAACGGACACGAUAGCAUGGAAUACGCUGCCCCGCGAGCUGUUUCAGCGCCUGUUCCGCCAGGACUUACUCGUGGCGAGCCUGUUUCGCAACUUUCUGCUAGCCGAACGCAUCCUGCGUAGCCACGACUGUACACCGGUGUCGCUGCCCGCUCUGCCUCCCUGCUAUCGGCAUCCGAUGUGGAAGGCCUGGGACCUGGUAGUGGAUCUUGCCCUGCAGCAACUGCCGGACAUUCUUGAUCACAAUGCACCGUACCGCCAGUUGCCCUUCUUCGAGCACCAGUUGACCGCCUUCCAAGUGUGGCUGGACAGUGAAUCGGAGUCACGAACGCCGCCGGAGCAGCUGCCCAUAGUGCUGCAGGUGCUGCUCUCGCAAGUUCAUCGCCUGAGAGCUCUGGAACUGCUGGCCCGCUUUCUGGAUCUGGGUCCCUGGGCCGUCAAUCUCGCCCUGGGCGUGGGCAUCUUUCCCUAUGUGCUCAAACUGCUGCAGAGUUCAACGCGUGAGUUGCGGCCGGUGCUAGUGUUCAUUUGGGCUAAGAUCCUGGCCGUCGAUCCCAGCUGCCAGGUGGAUUUGGUCAAGGAAUACAAAUAUUUCCUGUCCGUGCUGCAAGAUACCUCUGUCUCUAAGGAGCACCGCACCCUGUCCGCCUUCGUUCUCGCCUCCAUCGUGCACAACUUCCUGCUGGGUCAGACGAGCGCCCUGCAGGGUCCAUUGCUGUCCAUUUGUUUGGAGCAGCUCAACGACGGCAGCUGGUUGUUGCGCCAGUGGCUAGCCAUCUGCCUGGGCAUGCUGUGGCAGAACUUCGAGAAGGCGCGCUGGUCGGGUGCCCGUGAUUUGGCACACGAGAAGCUUUACGUCCUGCUGCGGGAUUCGAUUCCAGAAGUGAGAGCCGCGGCCGUCUUCGCUCUGGGCACCUUCAUCAGUUCUGUGACGGACCGCAGUGAGGAGCAAGCCAACAAUAUUGAUCGUAUCAUAGCCAUCACCAUGCUGGAGACCGUAGGCGAGGAUAUGUCACCGCUGGUGCGCAUGGAACUUGCCGCCGCCCUGCAGUGGAUGGUUCUACUCUUUGAGUCGCAGUUCGUGGCCGUCUAUCUGGCGGAACACAUGCGUGGCCAUGCGUCUGCGUCUUCGUUUGUGAUGUGCGGCGACCCCCGGGACCUGGCCUCGUCAACGCACAGUCUGGAGCGUCAUGUGACCAUGCGACGUGGCGCCAGCUCUAGCUCCAUAUCCAACAUGGGCGGUGCCUCGGGCACUGCGAGCAGUGGCUACUCGUCUGGCACUUCGGUGCGCUCCAAAAGCGGCUCGGGAGCCAGUUCAGCGGCAGGAGCGGCUGGCGGUACCAACACCAUACCCUUCCAGUCGAUCUUCACCAAACUGUGGCUUGGCAUUUGCAAUCUCGCCCAGGAUCCCUUUCCACGUGUUGCUGCGAUAGCUCAAGAGAUUGUGGAUCAUGUCAGAGACACCGCUCUGUGCCCCAUUAUGGCUGCCAAGGAGGCCACCAUGGCCACGGCCACGGAGAAGUGCAGCAGCCUUAGCGUGAGCCUUCCACCCAGUCCAAAUACCAGGGGCAACUACCUAGGCGGCGGAGGAGCGGGCGGAGCAGGUGCGGCCGGAGAAUCCCCGCCAGUGGGAGCGGCUGCAUCAGGCGCCAGUCAUUGGGCCCAAAAGCUGCGACUAUCGGGCAGCGGUGGUGUAGCCGGAGCUGCCGGAGAUCCACAGGCAAUCCUGCAGCGCAAGCUGCGCACCAGCUCGAUCAACGAUGAGACUGACAGUGGACUUGGCUAUUCCCGAGGAUCGGGAGCCGCUGGCGCCGGCUUGGGACUGCCCAGCGGGCCCAGGGAGAGCACCCACUCGGCUAGGAGCAGCGGUAGCGAGAGCAAUCAGUACAUGGAGCCCGGACACUGUCUGACGCCCAUUGUGCAAACGGAAUUCAUACCCUGGGCCAUUUCCUACUUCACACGGCCGGGCAAGGAGCGCUACAGCAGCGCCGAGGGAGCGGCCGAGGAGGGACGCCAGCGUUUCCCUGUCGAUCGGAACUCCACAGAGCUGCGGAGACGACGGAGCCGGUAUCUACGCAACGACUACGUACGAAGGCUGGCACGCCGCCAGCAGCAGGAGCAGAGUGAUCGCUUUGCCUACGACGUGUGCGUGUGGAACCGGAAGACACAGUUCACACCCUCCAUCGUAAAGCUGCUGCCAUACGAGCCACAGAUUGCGGUGGCCUACCGGGAAAAGGUUCUGGUGUACGACUUCCAGUGGAACUCAGUGCGAACGUACGGCGCCGAGGCUAUGGGAGGUACCAGCACUGGCAAUAGCUCUGGAUCAGGCUCUGGCUCCGGAUCAUCCUCGUCGCUUAACGGCAGCACGCCUCGCAAGUCGGGCCCGUCCUCGACUUUUGCCCGUGUGAGCAGCAUUGAAUUCAUUAACGCCCAGGAUCAGGCCCUCAAGCUGGUGGCCCACGAUGACGGUGUGGUUCGAGUCUGGCAAUCCUCUCCACCAGCCAACUCUGCCCCUGAGGAUCCGCCAGCCAAGGCGCGACUGAUUACCGCCUGGACAGCCCUUGGGCUGCCCACUGUACAGGGCUACCGCCAACGUAAUAUCGCCUCAGGCGGAAGCAUUGGCAAGGGUGCAGAUGCCUCGAGCUUACUCUCCGGCGGUUCCGGAACUGGGAGCAUCGUUACCACGUGGCAGCAGUGCAAUCAACAUUUGGUGGUGGGUGGCGGUGGCUGUCGAUUCAUUCGAAUAUGGGACUUGGAGAAGGAGCUUAAGGUCAUCGAUAUACCGCUGGGACGAAGCGAAACCAGCGCCCGUGUGCUGGCCUCCUACCUGCCCAAUAUGCGCUGCGAUGUAAUUCUCGCCGGCUGCGAAGAUGGCAGCGUGCGGCUGUUUGACAGCCGCUGUUCCCUGCAAUAUUCCCCAAUCGUUGUGCACCGGCGCCACAGUGCGCCCAUUCUACACGCCAGCCUGCGAGCCAAUAAUCCGGUCCUGGUCAGCGGUUGCUCCGAGGGACGCAUCAGUGUGAUGGACAUGCGGGCGGGUGCCGGCAACCGUGUGCUAUACGAAUGGGAUGCCGGCGGUGAUGUGACAGCGAUAGCUAGUCACCAGAUAGCGGACAGGGUAGCUUGCGGCAAUGCCUCAAAGAUUGGCAUCUAUUCGAUGGAUGGACGCGUCCAGAAGGUGCUGCGGACGAACGAGGGCUUCAUUGGCCCGAAAAUUGGCCAUCCCACCUGCUUGUCAUUCCACGCGUACAAGGUGCAGCUGGCGGUGGGCUUCGUGGACAACACUGUGGCCAUCUACAGUCCCACGCCAGUUCUAUAAGCGCUGUGGCAGGUGGCAAACUGACGUCGAUAAGAAUCCCGAAACAUUGGUUAACGCAC